GGGCGUCUGACCCCGCGCCGAUGCCGUUGCAGUGAGCGCCCCCCCGCGCUGCGCUGAGCCCCGCCAUGCCCAGCCCCGGCCGGCCGGGCGUCGCGGGGCCGCCCCCCGGGGGGAGCACGGUGCCCACCGACGGCUCGGCGCUGCUGCGGGCGGUGGCGCAGGGCAAGUUCCGCCUGACGCGGCUGCUGCUGGAGGGGGGCGCCUACAUCAACGAGGGCAACGCGGCCGGGCAGACGCCGCUGAUGGCCGCCUGCCGGGGGGGGUACGCGGCGCCGGGCGAGCAGCCGCGGAUGGUGCGGUACCUGCUGGAGCGCGGCGCCGACCCCCACAUCGCGGACCGGACGGGGCGCACGGCGCUGAUGCACGCGUGUGCCGAGCGCGCCGGGGCCGCCGUGGCCGCCGUCCUGGUGGCCCACGGGGCCGAUCCCAGCGCCCGCGACUACAGCGGCGCCUCGGCGCUGGUUUACGCCAUCAACCGGGGGGACCGGGAGACGCUGCAGGUGCUGCUGGACGCCUGCGCGGCGCGGGGGAAGGAGGUGAUCAUCAUCGCCACCGCCACCGACCCCUCGGGGGCCAAGACCACCCGGCAGUACCUCAACUCGCCCCCCUCCCCCGGCCUCUGCAUGUCGCCCUCCGACAUCGACGUGCGGGCGGCGGCCUCGCCGGGCUGCGGCGAGCGGGAGGAGGAGCGGGACGUCUUCUGCUUCCCCCCCCCGCCGCCCCCCGCCCCCCCGCCCCCCCCCGAGCCGCCCCGCGCCCGGGGCCGCCCGCUGAAGCGGCUCAACUCGGAACCCUGGGGGUUGGUGGCCCCCGAGGGGGCGCGGGCCCCCCCCGAGCGCCUGGUGGCCGGGCUGGAGGGGCUGAGCCUGGGGGGGCGCCCGCGGCGGCACAGCGUGGAGGGCCGGGAGGCGGCGGGGCUGCCGGGGGGGCGCCUGGCCCGAGCGGGGCCCCCCCCCCGCCCCCGGCCCGCAGCCGCUGCCCCGCCGCAACACGGCCCCCGAGGCGGCGCGGCCGUGCGCCCCCCGCCGGGACCCCCCCGAGGGCCCCCCGCUGCCGCCCGCCGAGUCACCCCCCCCGGCCGCCCGCCGCCGCCCCCCCCCCGGGCUGCUGGAGCGCCGCGGCUCCGGCACCCUCCUGCUGGAGCCCCUGGCCCCGGGGCGGGCCGGCUUCUUGCCCCCUCUGCACCCCGGGCCGCCCCCCCGCGGCCCCCCGGCCCCCCCCCGGCCGGCUGCUGCGCCGGCACUCCAUGCAGCCGGAGGAGAUGCGGCAGCUGGCCACCUUCCGGAGCAGCGCGGGCCCCGAGCCGGGCAGUUAAGGACCCCCCCGGGGGCCCGCGUCCCCCCUGCCGCCCCCGGGGACCCCCUCGUGACGGGACCCCCCCGAACGGCCGCUCUCGUGCCAGCGCGGGGCCUCCUGGGGCGGCCGGUGGCCGCGUUCACUCUGAACCCUACUGAUGACGGCAGGCACGCCACGACUCCUCCAUUGCUGCCACCGGCGGGAACUUUGCACGACUCCAGAUUCCUCCGGGAGCCGGUGCCACCCCCCUCCCUCCAGGCUCCACCGCAUCUUCCUCCCGCUCCUUCC